CUUCCGGUGUAAACAUUAAUUCAUUUCGGGGAAAACCAGAAUAGAGACAGUGUAGUUUGACUCGUUGUGGGAAGUACAUUUAUAGUUAUUGACAAAUUAUUGACAAAGAAUCUACUCAAAUGAUCUUUAUAGAUCUUAGAAAGAAGAAGUACAAUGAGUGAUGAUCCAAAUUACAGUAACCAUGGUGAUGAUCCAGGUGCCCUGGUUAAUGAUGGUGUGACACUAGCAUCAUGUGCUGUGCAAUUAGAUAGAGAAGGAAAACAUGAAACAGCUCUUUUUUAUUAUAUAGAAGCUGCUCAAGCCCUGUUUUCAGCAUACCAAGCCGGUGCCCCAGUACCUAAUCUUUAUGAGAAAUCUCAGGAAUACACUGCAAGAGCUGAACAACUUAAAAAGAUAUUGGAUUCAGAAUCUAAAGAUUCUACCAAAUCAUCUCCACCUUUACACACAGAACAACAGUCUGAUGUGGAGAGAGCUAAGUUUUUAUUAGAACAAGCUCAGGAUGAAGAUGAAGCCAAUAAUAUAGAUACAGCUAUAGAACUAUAUAGUCAGGCUAUUGCAAUAUGUCUCAAAGUGACAAAAGACACAUCAGAUCAAGUAUUAGAAAGUAAAGUAACAAGAUUGGCCACACAGGCACUAGAAAGGGCAGAAAUUUUAAAGAAAACACCAAAAAUACAUAACAAAAAUAUCAAACCAGAUAAUGUCAAAAUUGUUCCACGACCUCUCGGCCUCUCCGAUGGUUCUGAGGGUAAAUUAUCUGGUUCAGUUCCUAAUCCAAAUAUUUUAAUUCCACCAAACAAUGUUGCUGGUGGAUAUACUAAAGAAGAAAUUGCUGUACUAAGGACAACAUCAUUUAUUAAUGAAAGAGAAUAUGUUCCAUUUAUGGAUGUGGAUACACGUGAUAGAUUUGCACUUCCAGUAACAUAUACAGAUAAAGAUGGAAAGCUAGCUUUAUCUCCAAAACAGAAGAAAGAUUUUGCACGUUGGGUUCGUCCUGAUGAAUUUUGUGAUGAUCCAAGAAUGAUCUAUGCAGUUUCUAGUUUGAGUAUAAAACAGACAAUUGUAUCAGAUUGUAGUUUUGUAGCAUCUUUAGCAAUAAGCGCCCAAUAUGAAAGAAGAUUUAAAAAACAGUUAAUAACAAGUAUUAUAUAUCCACAAAAUAAACAUAAAGAACCAAUAUAUAAUCCAUGUGGUAAAUAUAUGGUUAAAUUACAUAUUAAUGGUGUACCCAGAAAGGUUGUGUUAGAUGAUUAUUUACCUAUGGGAAGACACGGUGAAUUGUUAUGUUCUUUCUCAAAUAAUAAAAAUGAACUGUGGGUAUCAUUACUAGAAAAAGCCUAUAUGAAAGUUAUGGGUGGCUAUGAUUUCCCUGGUUCUAACUCAAAUAUAGAUCUGAAUGCUUUAACUGGUUGGAUACCAGAACGUGUCGCCAUUCGGCUCAACUCUCCAGAAUUUGAUAAAAACAGAGAAUUUAAACGUUUAAUAGAGCGAUUCCACAAGGGACAUUGUCUGGUAACUGUAGCAACAGGUGAAAUGUCUGAUGCUGAUGGUGAUCGGGCCGGUUUAGUUCCAACUCAUGCCUAUGCCAUGUUAGAUAUCAGAGAAGUAAUGGGAAAACAGUUAUUUAAACUAAAGAAUCCAUGGAAUCAUUUGCGGUGGAAGGGCCGAUAUAGUGAGAACGAUACCGACACAUGGACACCAGAUUUACAAAAAGCUUUAAACUUUGAUCCUAAAAGUGCUCAACUUUAUGAUAAUGGUGUAUUUUGGAUUGAUUAUGAAUCCAUCUGUAGAUUUUAUGAUGUAUUUUAUAUUAACUGGAAUCCUGAAAUAUUUUCUCACACAACAUGUUUACAUCACACAUGGUCAGCAAAAGCAGGCCCAAAGAAAGAUUCCUAUAACAUUAGUGACAAUCCACAGUAUAGAUUAGAAGUGAAAGCUACGCAACCAUCCGCUGUCUGGAUACUCUUGACAAGACAUAUUGUAGACAAGGCUGAUUUUGCUGAUAAUAAAGAGUUUAUAACUGUUUUAGUUUAUAAAACUGGUGGUAAUCAAGUAUUUUAUCCAUAUGAUCCACCUCCUUAUAAAGAUGGUGUUAAAAUCAACAGUCCUCAUUAUUUAUGUAAAUUGGUAGAGAAGGCAGGAACAACACGUUAUACACUGGUUGUAUCACAGUAUGAGAAGAGUAAUACUAUUCGAUAUACACUUCGUGUCUACGCAACAUGUGAAUUUAAACUUACAAGAUUUACAGAUCCAUAUCUGUCAAAGUUUGAAAAACAGAUAAAUGGUAAAUGGUCUGGUAGAACUGCUGGAGGUUGUUCUAAUUACAAAGAAACACAUAAAAACAACCCAAUUUAUCAACUUAAAAUAGAUAACAAUAAAUGUGAUAAUUGCAUAUUAAUAGAACUUAGAGCAUACAAACAAUAUAGUGUUGGUAUAGAAGUUACCUGUGUAUCAGAUAAUAUACCAGAUUCAUCAGGAUCUAUAAAAAAGAAGACUUCUGGAGACUUCAGGCCAGGUUAUUGUGUUUUACAGUUAAAUAAUUUACCAGGAGGUGUUUAUAAUAUCAUGCCAUGUACAUUUAGACCUCAACAAGAAGGUGACUUUUUCCUUGAUAUCAGUAGCUCUGUGCCUUAUAACAUAUCAAAAUUACAGUGAAUAAUAUGACCAAACUUAUGGUUCUUGUGUACAAUCAACAUUAAUAGAUCUACAUAUUCAUUAGGACAGAGAAAUGGUAGUUUUUGAAGUGAUUUGUAAAAGAUCUACAAAUUCUACACUAGACCUGUGUACCAUCAACAUUAAUAGGAUGACCAGAGUGAUAAAUACUUUGAUGAGUGUUAUCUAUUUUUUUUUUAGUCUGACUGUGCAUAUUAAUUGUACCUUAAAAAUAAGAAUUUUAAAGAAUUAGACUGAAGCUGUCAAGCCUUUAAAAUUCUUAUUUAAUUUUUUAUUUAAAUUUAAAAACGAAUGUUCUGAAAUCUUCUAUUUUAAAACUAUAUUGUCGUACAUUGUCAACGCUAGUCAUUCUCUGCGUCCAAAAACGAAAAAUAAAACUUGUGUCAUAUAUUAACUACUAGAAGAAUGCCCGGCUUCGCUCGGGGGUCAUAACCCUGAAACCUGGCCUAUGUUACUCCCCGGUCCGAGCUACCCCUAUACCUCAAAUUUCAGACUCGGGGCAGACCUAGUGUAGCCGCCAACCCUGAGCAGACAGACAAACAGACUGACAAACGACAGUCACAAAUAUUAGUAUUGAUUUGUGAAGUAAUUGUCAGUCACUGAAACUUUUAAAUCACUGUCUAGUUGUUUGUUUUGAAUUUUAUUUCAACUUUGCUAUCCAACUUCUUACAGCAUAUUUCUCUGUUCAAUUAUGAACAACCAGGGAAAAAUAUGAUUGCUAGAUGGUGUUAUGUAUAAAUCAAUUUGGUUGUUAUUGUAUUUCAGUGAGUAUAAUAUUGUUUUUUUAAAAAAAAACAUUUUCUCUUUUUUUUUAUUGUUCGACUGUAAUAAUCUGAAUAUCAACGGCAGAUGAAAAUGUAACCACCAAUAAAAUUUGUUUAAGGAAAAGAUCUCUUCUAGGUUUAAUUAUAUUGUGCAUAUUUUUUAAUGAUGUAAUUUGGUAUAUAUAUUUUUAUCUAAUGAUGGGCAAUACUACCGCAUAUUUGUUUUAUUUAUUUAUAUUUAUGGAUGAAUGUAAAUAUAUUUUCAAUAAUCAGAUAAAUAAAGAAUA